AUGGUUGGAGCGCAGCGAAGCAACCGGUGUGAGACGUGCCGCCGGAGAAAGAUCAAGUGCGAUGAAGCCUGGCCGGUCUGCGGGCAAUGCAAGGCCAAGAACCGCAUGUGCCCUGCGAGACCCGCGCUCAAGGUGCUCGACGAUGGUCUAAAGAUUCUUCGCCGACACGGAGCCACUGCAAAUCUUCCAGGCGAUUCAUAUGCCGGAAGCAAUCUCUCUUUGCUCGACACUUCUCAGCUCGCGUCUCUGCCGGGCUAUAAGUCGCACAACUCCCGUCAUUCCCGCAUGCACGACUCGGUGCCUCUUUCGCCGUCGGAGCAGCUCUGCCUUACCUUCAUCGACUCACUACAGCUCAACAACUUCUCGUACAGCCUCAGAGUGCUCGAGGAAUUCGUUUGGGAGGUGCCCAGGUACCUCGGGAACAGCAAGGCCUUGGAUGGUGCAAUAACAUGCGUGCUCGCAUCGCAGAAGCAGUUGCUCCUAAACGGCGACGACGGCUUGACGAUCAACGCGCAGCUGUAUAACCGUGCGCUGCUGAGCCUGCGGACUGCCCUUGCUGGUCCGCACUCGUGUUGCUCUUCUGACACCUUGGCGGCAACGGUCAUGAUGCACCGGAUCGAGGCCCUAUUCGGUACUCUGCCCAACUCGAAUAUCAAAGUCCAUGCUGCCGGGUUAGCUGCUCUACAUCAGAAGAGGGGUCCUCCGGAUCCAGACGAUAAACUGGCGUUUCAAGCCACGGUGGACAGCCAUCUUUCCGUUAUUCAGUUUGCUCUUUCUCAACGCAAGGACUGCUUCUUGGCCUCCGACGCCUGGGCAGCGGUGCUCGACAGACCAAACGGACGCACAAAUGUCCAGAUGGUCUACUACCGCCUAGUGAGACUGAUGACCGUAUGGCCCACGCUGGCUAGGGAAAACUUUCAAAUUCGGGCAGGAGAUUCGGCGGUUAAUCCUCUUAUUCCGUUGAGGAGGGCGCGGGAUGUUCUUAACAAACUCUCUCGAAUUGAUCACGACAUGGGCGGCGUCAUCUUUCGCCAGAGCAAAAUAACCACCAAACCGUCCGCAACUACAGAUGGGCUUGUUCAGAUGAUGUUUGAAGUGGAGGACCCUCUGGCAGCUAUGCUGCUGUGUCAUCUCGCUACGUUUAGCAUUAUUGUACACCGCAUAGCCCUGUCGAUAAUGCAAAAUACGGCUUGUGAAAACGAAGAGCUGGGAGGGUUUGAAGAUCGGAUCCUGUAUCAGAGCCGCCGCAUCUGGAUGCUCCUCGAUUAUAGUCGUUCCAACAAGCCACUGGGCUUACCCAUUAUGACAGUGGCUCUCUUGUUCACGUAUGAGCCAGCCAAGGAUCCGGCAGCGCGCAGAGCGAUUGUUGCGGCGUUGAACGACCUGGAUUGUGGCCGGCUUGGAAACAUGCCGUGGUGCGCCGAGAGGAUUGGCCGCGCGACGGCAGCACUUUUAGGCGAGUAAUUUCAUGCUCCUUGUACAUCUUGGACUAUUGGACUCGGCCCUACAUUGCCGCUGAUUUAAUCAUCACCACCGUUUCGAAAUCUUGGCCGUCGAUUAACUCAUUGUCGUCUCCUAGAGGCAUCUAAAAAUAGGUAAUUUGACUGAAACUAGUUUCUCCGCUGGCUAUGCAGAGUCGGGGUUAUCAACUUUUCUGCUUUAUUCCUGUGCAGAUAAACGGUAUUAGGCAUCAAAAGAUAUAUACAUAUUGUGGUCUAAUCUAGAACG